CCUUCCUCUUUCUUCUUUGUACUGUUACAGUACUCUUCUCUCCUCUGCUUCAAAUUUUGUCCGUUUCACUUUUUCUCUCUCUAAAUCUCCAUUUUCAUCUCUCGAUAAAUCUGAACCCCAUUUCCUCAAAAUUACACCCAUUUUGCCAUUUCAAUUUCAAGCCCUAGAAGAGCUAAAACAGUGGAGAAAUGGGUUGUGCUCAAUCAAGAAUAGAUAACGAAGAGUCAGUUUCAAGAUGCAAAGAUCGGAGAAACUUCAUGAAAGAAGCAGUUAACUAUAGAAACUUCUUUGCUGCUGCACAUUCAGCUUAUUCCAUUGCUUUGAAAAACACUGGUGCUGCUUUGAGUGAUUAUGCUCAAGGUGAAACCCCACCUGAGCUGCCGCCGCCGGCUGUUAGUGAGCCGCCGCCACCACCACCACCGCUGUCGAAUAUGGAAGCUAGCCCACUCCCACCACCCCCUCCUCCCCCACCAGCUUUCUCACCUAUAACCCCACUUCAACGCUCUUUUACUAUGCCUGAACUGUCGAAACCCAGAGGUAGGAAAAUGAAAGGCAUUGGUAUUGAUGAGCAUGAUGAGGAAAUUGAGGAGGAGGAGGAGGAGGAGGAAGAGGAAGGUGAAGGUGAUGGUUUGAAACUGAGAGAAAAGCGAAAUGGACUGGGGUACGAGAGGCCUAUGAAGGAGCCAUUGCCACCCCGGCCGCCGGGUCCAGGGGAGUCGUGGGAUUAUUUCUUUGAGAAUGUGAACACGGGACAUUCAUUAGAAGGAGUGGAGGAAGAAGAAGAAGAGGAUGAGGAGGGGUUGAACGAAGAUAAUAUCGAAAUUCAAAACAAAAGAUUUGAUAAUGUGGGUAGAAAUGAGUAUAGAGAUGAUCAGUUCAAGACACCAGAGAAGAAGGGGAAAGUGGAGAGUGAGGUUGAAGAGACCCCAAUGGUGGAUGAAUCAGACAGAGUCUUUAAGCAUUCAAACACUGCGCCUUCUGAGAUGAGAGGUGGAGUAGUAGUGGGAGGUGGGAAUGUUGUGUAUGGUAACAAUGCUGAUUUCUUUAAAGUUUUAGGCGAGAUUGAUGAUCACUUCCUUAAAGCUUCCGAGAAUGCACAAGAGGUUUCGAAGAUGCUUGAGGCUACUCGAUUGCAUUACCACUCAAACUUCGCUGAUAAUCGAGGACAUAUUGACCAUGCAGCUAGGGUAAUGCGAGUCAUUACGUGGAACAAAUCAUUUAAGGGUGUACCGAAUGGUGAUGGUAGUAAGGAUGAUUAUGACAUUGACGAAUAUGAGACUCAUGCCACUGUUUUGGACAAAUUGCUGGCUUGGGAGAAGAAACUUUAUGAUGAAAUGAAGGCUGGUGAGCUUAUAAAACAUGAAUAUCAGAGGAAAGUUGCCUUGCUAAACAAGUUGAAGAAACGGAAUGCUACCUUGGAAUCACUGGAGAAGACAAAGGCUGCUGUUAGCCAUUUGCAUACGCGAUAUAUAGUUGACAUGCAGUCAUUGGAUUCGACUGUUAGUGAAGUAAACGACAUUCGUGACAAGCAGCUUUACCCUAAGCUGGCUGCUCUUGUUCAAGGGAUGGUUAGCAUGUGGGAAUUCAUGUUUAGUCAUCACAAGAACCAGCUGCAGUUGGCUACUGAUCUCAAAGCCAUUGAAAUCUCCGGGUUCCCCUUGGAAACAAGCAAACACCAUCAUGAACGUACUAUCCAGCUUGGUAAUGUUAUCAAGGAAUGGCAUGAUCAUUUUGACAACCUUGUGAAAAAUCAAAAGCUAUACAUCCAAACACUCCACAGCUGGUUGAAGCUAAAUCUCAUACCCAUUGAAAGCAGCCUAAAAGAAAAGAUCUCGUCGCCUCCUCGAGCACAAAGUCCCCCAAUUCAAGCCCUUCUCCACUCCUGGCAGGAACUUCUUGAGAAGCUGCCUGAUGAGCUCGCCAGAAGUGCCAUUGCUUCCUUUGAAGCAGUGAUAAGGACCAUCAUUAUUCAUCAGGAGGAAGAGAUGAAGCUGAAGGAUAAGUGUGAGGAAACUAAGAAAGAGUACAUACGCAAAAGGCAAGCAUUUGAAGAUUGGUACCAAAAGUAUAUGCAACGUAGAACUCCACCCGAUAUGACAGAUACUGAUAGAGCUACAGAGUCCAACCCAAAAGAUCCUGUUGUGGAAAAGCAGUUGCUUGUGGACACACUGAAGAAGAGGUUGGAUGAGGAGACAGAAGCUCACCAGAGGCUAUGUAUUCAAGUUAGGGAGAAGUCAUUAGGGAGUCUCAAGAUCCGGUUGCCUGAACUAUUCCGAGUCAUGUCGGAGUAUUCUUAUGCAUGUCUAGAGGCUUAUGGUCGAUUAAGAUUGAUCGUACAGUCACAGCACUCAAAUGGGAGUUCACAAGGGUCUUAGGCUCUCCUUUCUUUGCCCCUUUUUGAUGUUGUGAUAUUUUGUAGUAACUAGUAAAUGUGAAAUGUAAGUUCUUCCUGGAUAAUGUUUUAUGUAUUGCUGAUGUUUUGCCAUGUAUUGUAUGAAAAGCGGCAUCUUGAUUUGUUUAUCGACCUCA